ACGGCACUGCCGGCGGCUGUGAGUACGACACCGCUGACCUGACGGCCCUGGUCGGCUCCGCGGGAAAGGUCACGUUGAUGCGUCCUUCCGCGUGUCUGGCCGAGCCGUCGGCAUGCCGGAAGGGACUGCAGAACGCCUUCGUCGUGGUCAUCCAUUAUUACGGUGGAGAGAUCACCGAAACUAUCAGCAGAAUGCUGUUCAGCGAGGCAGUCGGUGACUCCCAGCGGGUACACGUGGUAUUCACGGUGCAGGAGUCCCUGCUGGACCGGUUCAGCGCGCUGGCCGACCGGAUGGACGUCAACCUGGCCACCGACGCCCGGCUGGCCAUCGUCGGCUCCAGCAACGUCACGGUGCAGGAGGUAUACCGAAAGUGCCGCCGCUGUCCGGUGACCUACCACACGAUGAGCAUGUGGAACGACGGCCGGGAGACGGUGCUGGACGGCAGGAUGAAGGUGCACCGGCGCGGAGACCUCGGCGGCAUCACCCUCAACGCUGUGGGGGUCAAGGUGUUUCCAAUCUACACAAAGGUGGCAGAAGUGAACGGCUCUGAUCAGCCGGUGGGCGGCGUCUUCUAUCAGGUGGCCGCCUCGCUGGCCAGACAGUUCAACUUCACGUUAAACAUCACACUGUUGGACGGCUACGCGUAUGGCAAGUACCUGGGGAACGGCAGCUACGGUGGCAUGGUGGGCGCGCUGCAGACGGGCGCGGCCGACCUGACCAUUAGUGAGGUGUCGGUCACCACCGACCGGCAACAGGUCAUCGACUUCUCCACCAUCCUCUCCGUCAUCAGCCGGAAGGUGUACCUGCGUGCCGACUCGGAGCUCGACUCCUGGGUUGGCCGCUACUCGCGCGGUAUCAGCGUGCCCAUGGCGCUGCUGUUGUCGGCUGUGGCGCUGGCGGCGGCCGCGGUACUCCGACUCUGCGAGGCAGUGUCACCGGGUCGGCGACCCGCCUGUCCGCCGGCCGCCGGUGACCUGCGCACCUUCUCCGACGCCCUGUGGACAGUGCUGGGGCAGCUGCUGCAGCAGGGCGCGCCGGUGACUCCCAGCGCGCUGUCGUCUCGGAUCGCCUUCCUCAGCGGCCUGAUGCUCGGGCUACUGAUGUACACCGCCUACUCGGCCACCUUGGUGUCAUUUCUGGCCGCCGCCGACCGACCCAGGCCGGCCUUCACUGACCUCACCGGCCUGCUGCACCUGCCCCACUGGAAGGCCGGAUGGAAGGACGGCGACCUACUGGAAAACUUCCUUGACUGGUGCCGGCUGGUGCAGAGUCCGCUGCAGGACUGUGACACGCUGCAGCAGGUGUACGAGAAGCACGUGCUGCCGGAGCGAGAGCGCAACCUGGUCGACAGCUACGAGGAGGGCUUCAGGAAGGUAGCAGAAGGCAACUACGCUUUUCUAGCCUCUAACGAGGCUGCCGACUACUACCUGUCGAAAAUCGACCCUCACAUUGCGUGCCACGUGCACAAGCUGGACGUGAGCUACUCUCCGGGCGGCAUCGCACUGGGCCUGCAGAAGCACUCGCCGUACCGGGAGCUCUUCAACCACGGGAUCCAGAUGCUGGGAGAAGGUGGAGUCCUGGAGAAGCUCUACCGCAACGCGCUAGAAUCCAGCCUCAUCUGCAACACGGAAACCGUCGUGGAAGCGUCGCUUCUGCACACAAUGGGCGCCUUCGCCGUGCUUCUACUGGGCGUCACAGCUAGCCUCCUAGUGCUCACAGUCGAGUGGGCUGCCUUCCGCUGUGCCGUCAGGGUCAGGCUGAGCCGCGCCAGCCACCUCGCCGGUGACCAGCUGAGGACACUCUCCCGCCAGCUGUCCGACAGAGCCACGUGGCACGAGACGAGAGUGGCGCACCCCGCGCCGCACCACCCCAGCGCCCUGCCGCCGCUGCGGCAAACUGUGGCGCAUACCGAACGCUGACUGCGCGCCGGGGUGGAAUCCGAAAACAGGGCGCCUGGGGCGAUUUGAUCAAGGCUUUUGAAAUUAUCACGUGACAAUUGACCUGUUAGAGCCUAGAGGCACCGGAAGGAAGAGGACUUCUCAGUAAUCACGUGAUCAGUAUGCCCUCCGGCGUCCUGUUUUCAGAUUUCAUCCGCACCGGUCGUGCAGGGGAUUUGAUGGACUGGGACAGUGCCCUGAUGACAGUGAACCAAGCGCUAUCUAUUUCUUAUUAGUCUAUCAUGUGAUAACAAUUGCGUACUAAUGUCGCCCGCAAUUACACAUAAGUUUAGCUAUUAUAUGGUACUUGUAUACAGUCAAAUGGACGUGUUUUUGUGUGUCAAAUUAGUGAUACCUACGUUGUCAGAUGGUGCAGGUAACUUGGUAUUUCCUGUUUCACUUUAGUAAAAAUACACUCCUAAUAUGGUCUAAUGGGUCUCCUUAUAAUGAGAAUUGAAAGGACGUCUUUUCAUUAAAAUUUCGCAUCUCGGAAUUGCUCUCAUUUUGUUUUUGUUUGCCUAGUGUUAUGUUAUGCGUGUUCCUAUUUUUAGCGAUGUGCUCAUUGCUUCGGACUGAAGUCCAACAUGCCCUAAUCCAUCUGGCCCAUUCACGUUGCCCGUACCUUUUUAGAUCACAGAUUAGCCGUUGGUGGUUAUUAUUUUGAUUUGGCGAGUACAUUUCCCGGUAUUAAACGUUUUCCGUCAUUUACGACAUUCGACGAAUAGAUUAUCAUGGAAUACAAUAUUUUC